AAAUAUGGGCACACUAGAACAGCUGUUUUAUGUUUACCAACAAAGAAUUGAGAACUUUGAUCAAUUUAAAAAUUCUUGAUAUGAUAAUGGAUGACAAAGAAUCAUUAUCUGACAGACCACCAACUCCAACAGAAGAAGAUUGCUGUGGAAAUUCAUGUAAUCCUUGUAUCUUUGAUAUUCAUAAAAAGUUAAUAGACCAAUGGGAUGAUAAUAAAAAGAGUAAUUCAAAAAUAAAAUCUAAGAAUUUACUUGUACCAACGUUAUAUAAAACAUUUAAAGUGAUUAAAAUUAAUGAAAUUAAUGAUGAUUACCUAACAAUAAUAUUGCAUUAUGAAGAUGAUAGUCACAGCUGUAUUUUUCUAAAUCCUGGACAGCAUGUUAUCAUCAACCUUCUGACAUGGUCAAAACCAUUUACACCAAUUACUUGGAAUAAUAAUAAUAUCGAAUUUUUAGUUAGAGUUUAUCCAAAUAGUACUUUUACAAAUAAAUUAAAAAAUCUUCAAGUUGGAGAUCAAGUCAAAAUCCGAGGUCCUUAUGGCGAAUUUUUAUACUUUCAGAAUAGUUUCAAAAAGAUUAUUAUGUAUUGUAUUGGAAGUGGAAUAGCAGCAUUUUAUCCAAUAAUUCAAUCUAUAGUUAAUAAUGAUUUAGAAGAAACUCGAAUUAAAUUAUUUGCUGGUUUCAGAUCUGUGUGUCAAAUUCCUUUAAAACAACGACUGCAGUUGUUGGCUGAUUAUUGGAAUGUUGAGUUUACAAUUCAUGUAACAGAAGUAGAAGAAAUAACAACUAUCCAUAAUAUUCAAAUUAAAAAAGAAAAGAUUAAUGAAAAUAAUUAUAAAGCAGUACUACAAAAAGAAUCAUCUGAAUCAACUUUAGUAUUGAUAUGUGGUAAUGAAGAAUUUAAUGAAGCACUAUCACAAUGGACACAAGAGUGCAAUCAUAUUAACUAUUAUGUGUUUAAGUAAACGAUAAUAUUUAUUUUUUAUAUGUUAUCUAUCUAAUAAAUUAUUUUAAUAAAGGGCAGGA